AUGGCACCGUCGAUCGUCACAAGGCCAGGCUUGUCGCUAAGGGGUUCACACAGCGUCCAGGGAUUGAUUACACAGACACUUUUUCUCCGGUCGUCAAGCCGACCACUCGUCGGGCUGAUUUUGUCUAUCGCCGUGUCCCGGGGUUGGACUCUCUGCCAGAUUGACAUUCAGAAUGCGUUCCUACACGGCGAUAUUCAGGAGGAGGUAUACAUGUAUCAGCCUCCAGGGUAUGUUGACAAGAAUUAUCCGAAUCGUGUCUGUCGUCUUCAAAAAUCUCUGUAUGGACUGAAGCAGUCUCCAAGAGCAUGGUACUCGAAGCUAAGUUCGAAGUUGCAGUCUCUGGGUUUCGUUCCAUCCCAGGCCGACACUUCUCUUUUUGUCUUUGGUAAGAAAGGAGUAACAAUCUACAUGUUGAUCUACGUAGAUGAUAUUAUCAUCACAGGAUCUUCACAGCAAGUUGUCGGUAAUCUGAUGAAGAAGCUUCGAGAAUCCUUUGCUGUUAAGGAUUUGGGAGAUCUGUCUUAUUUUCUCGGCAUUGAAGUGACACGCACGAAUAGUGGCAUAGCGCUUACUCAAGCCAAGUAUGCAGCAGAUCUGCUUAAGCGCGUAAAUAUGCAUAAUUGUAGAGACAUAGCCACACCAAUGUCAUCUUCUGAAAGGCUCAGCAAAACCUCAGGAAUAUUACUGUCAGACGAUUUGGCUUUCAGCUAUCGUAGCACAGUUGGUAGUCUGCAGUAUCUCUGCUUGACCAGGCCAGAUAUUGCGUUUGCUGUGAAUCGAGUAUGCCAGUUCCUAGCCACUCCGACAGAUGUGCACUGGUCAGCUGUAAAACGUAUACUGAGAUACGUGAAAGGAACACUGGAUCAUGGGCUGCAAAUUCAGAGAUCAUUGUCAACUGAGCUGAGCCUUCGUUCCAGCACGCCGCUGCCUGGUACUUGCCACUCCCCCAGCAUUCGAGGGCCGAACACCUAUGCCCGAGCAGCCAUGGCACUCUACCUGCUGCUCGUGCCUCUCCUUGCCAUCAUCCCCUUCCUGCUCAGACGCUCGGCGCCGCACGCGCGUCUCCCGCCGGGGCCGUGGGCGCUGCCGGUGAUCGGCCACCUGCACCACCUCGCCGGCGCGCUCCCGCACCGCGCCCUGCGCGACCUGGCGCGGCGGCACGGCCCGCUCAUGCUGCUCCGCUUCGGCGAGGUCACAGCCGUAGUGGCCUCGUCGCCGGACGCGGCGUGCGAGAUCAUGAAAACCCACGACCCGGCCUUCGCGUCGCGCCCCGUCGGGCCCAUGUCGCGCCUCUGGUUCCAGGGCUCCGAGGGCCUCGUCUUCGCGCCCUACGGCGACGGGUGGCGCCAGCUCCGCAAGAUCUGCACCCAGGAGCUCCUCAGCGCCCGCCGCGUCCACUCCUUCCGCCCCGUCCGCCAGGACGAGCUCCGCCGCCUCCUCCGCUCCGUCGCCUCGCCGUCUUCGUCGCGCCCGGUGAACUUGACGGAGAUCAUAGCGGCGUACGUCGCGGACUCCACCGUGCGCGCCAUCAUCGGCAGCCGCCCGUUCAAGGGCCGCGACGCGUGCCUGAAGCUGUUCGAGGACAUGUUCCGCAUGAUGCCCGGGCUGAGCCUGCCGGACCUGUUCCCGUCCUCACGCCUCGCGAUGCUUAUCAGCCGCGAGCCCGGCCGGAUCAAGCGCUGCCGCCACGCGAUGCUGGAGAUCAUGGACGCCGUCAUCCAGGAGCACCGCGAGAGAAAAGCCACCGUCGGGGGAGAAGACGAAGAUUUGGUCGAUGUCCUCCUCGGGCUCCAGAAGGAAGUCGGCUCCCAGCACCCGCUCACCACCGAGAACAUCAAAUUCGUCAUGAUUGACAUGUUCGCCGCCGGCAGCGAGACGGCGACGACGGCGCUGCAGUGGAUGAUGGCGGAGCUGAUGCGGAACCCGAGAGUUCGGCACAAGGCGCAAGACGAGGUCCGCGGAGCACUAGCCAGUCACCGCGAGGUAUCGGAAGACAGCCUCGGCAACCUCCACUACCUGAACAUGGUCAUCAAGGAGACGCUCCGGCUGCACGUACCGGGGCCGCUGCUGACGCUCCGGCAGUGCCGCAGCGCGUGCCAGGUGCUCGGGUACGACGUGCCCGAGGGCGCCACGGUGCUCGUGAACGCGUGGGCGAUCGCCAGGGACCCCGCGCACUGGGACGCGCCGGAGGAGUUCGUGCCGGAGAGGUUCGAGCAGGAUCAGCAGCAAGGUGGCGGGAGGGACUUCAAGGGGACGGACUUCGAGUUCAUACCGUUCGGAUCCGGACGGAGGAUGUGCCCCGGCAUGACGUUCGGGCUGGCGCACAUCGAGCUCGCGCUCGCCGCGCUGCUGUUCCACUUCGACCUGGAGCUGCCCGGUGGCGUGGACGCGGCGGGGUUGGACAUGACGGAGGAGGCUGGCAUCACCACGCGGAGGAAGUCCGACCUUCUCGUGCUCGCUACCACCCGCGUUCCUGUACCAGCAAAGUAG